AUGAGCGGCAGAGGGUACCCUCCGUACUACUCGCCCCCGAGCCCGCGCAGGGCCGAGGCGUCCGCCCGCUACGGCCAGUCGCCAAAGGGCUCGGCUCAGCACUAUCCUUCGGAAGCAGAAGAGGCGCGAUACCGCUCCUAUGACGAGCGUGCCCUGCCACCGGCAGCCUCGUACGGCGCCGGCUACAGCUCUCGCUCGCACGAGUGGAGCGAUUCCGGACCGAGGCGCAGCGGUGGCCGCUCCUAUGGCGCCGCCGAAGAAUACCUCCCGCGAUCGCAUGGCCUGCAUCCCGCCAACGACGAAGACCGCCACCAUGCCACCUACCGCCGACACCCGGACCCGCGCGACGAGGAAGAAGAGGCAUACUACCGAGGCGAAGUGGGCGCCGAAAGGUACGAACGUGCCAGCUCGAGCCAGCUCAGCAAUGGACACAGCUCAUGGGCCGAGCACGAGAGGAGCAUCCAACCCUCAUACCGCCGUGCUGCUCGCUCUCCGGAUCCACCGGCGGUGUCGACGCCCGAGGAAAGGCGCUAUCACCGCUCACCGAACGACUACUCGCAGGCUCCCGCCUCGCCUAGGCGAACGCACGAGGAGCCCGAGUCGAGCCCGGCAAGGCCGGCCAUGUCCAUUUUCAGCAUGCUCAACGACCGGACGUCACAUGAACACUCUGGCGCAGCAGCACCGGCGGCGGCGGCGGCGGCGGCGGAGAGCCACCCAUACGAGCGACACGGCGGCAACGGAGAUGCGGCCGAGGCUCGAUCUCCCGUGGCGUCUUCGGCCCACGACCGCGAAGACUACUCGUCGGCGUCGUCAUCACGAGCCGUCUUCGAUCCGGCGCGCGAUUUCGGCCGGGGCCUGCGUCACCGCUACGACUCCCCGAGCGUCGUAGGCGGGCGAGAGCGCCACCGCGUGGAUGACGUAGGAGUGCGCGACUACUCGCCUGACGGCGAGCGAUCCCAGCCGACAUCGCAGCUGCAUGCAGUCAAGCGCGAAGAUGAAGCUCGCAGCGUGGCUUCGAUCGCCAGCCUAGUCGACGAGCGACCGGUUGCGCCCGCACCGGCCCCAGCGGACGAUGAGCCCGAGAACGGGCCAGCCCCGGAGCCCCGAAGGCGCUCAAGCUCGAGGCUGGAAGCGGCACGUACGCUGGAACGUCUCGGGCACGCCGGUGACUCCAGCACACGUCGCAGCAGGGCCAACGGCUCGCGAAAGGGUACCUCGACGUCCCCGGCGGCCGAAACACCGGCAGCGGAGGCAUCGGCGAACGACGCCGCGCCCGCCAAGGGACCCACCAAGAUCUCCUUGAAGCUGCGCAACAAUCCGCUGCCGCCGGCCAACAAGGGCGGCGCGUCCUUCUAUGCUCCGCCGCCGCCCGCCAAGCGCAGCCGCGACGCCGACGGCUGGGAGAGCGAUCUGUCCAAUGACGAGAACCAGACGGUGUGGCAGGCCGAGCUGGAGACGUACAUGCUCGACUUUAGCGACCGCAAGAAGAUCAUCGAGCGCAUCUACUUGGACAACCUCGACAAGAAGCACUCUGAGGUCGGCCAACGCCUCGCGCUGGCCUACGAGGGCCGACACCACGCGCUCGAACGCCACGCCAGGCUGCGUGAACAGCGGGAGCUGGCGCUUCAGGAGAGCCGACGGAUCGAGCGCGAGGAGAGCGCGCGCAAGCUGCGGGAGCGCGAGAUCGAGAUGGAGCUGCUCGGCACCCUCGGCGACGGCGUCAAGGGUGCGAGGGCCGGCGACGACGAGGCUGGCAGCUUCCGUCGCAACGGUGCGGCUUCGACCAAGCUCAAGCGCGGCCGCGGCGGCGACGACCGCAGCAAGAAGCGCAAGCUAGACGACGUCGUGCGCGCUGCCGGGUCGUCUCCCGCAGUUGCCUCGGACGGCGGCAUCGGCGCCGGGGAUGACGAUGAUGAAGACGACGACGACAUCCCGCUGGCAGCUGGCCUCUCGCGCGCCUAUGCCGGCGACGAGUCGACGCUGGCGUCGCGGCAGGUCUCGCCCGCGCCCGACGAGGCCAACGAGACCAUGGUGCUCGACGCCCAGGGCAAGGUGCCCAUCGACGCGCGGCGCAUGCAGCAGCUCGAGGACGCGCACCGCCGCAUCUGGACGCUGAUUGCCAAGCGCGACGUGCCCAAGAUCUACCGCACCGUGCUCGCCAGCGCGUCGAGCAAGGCCAUGUUCUGGCGUCGCCUGUCGAGCGUGGUGCAGAGGGAGGCCAAGCGCGGCGCGGCGCGCAACAACAAGACGGUCAAGGAUGUCCAGCUGCGCGCGCGCAAGGUGAUGCGCGAGGUGCUCGUCUUCUGGAAGCGCAACGAAAAGGAGGAGCGCGAGCUGCGCAAGCGGGCGGAAAAGGAGGCGCUCGAGAAGGCCAAAAAGGAGGAGGAGAUGCGCGAGGCCAAGCGGCAGGCACGCAAGCUCAACUUUCUCAUCUCGCAGACCGAGCUGUACAGCCACUUCGUCGGCAGCAAGCUCAAGACGGCCGAGAUGGAGGAGUCCGACGAGACGGCGGGCAGCGCCAAGAUCAUCGACCCCGACGCACAGCCCUCGACCGCCACGGUGCCCGCCAUCGACCCGCGCACCGAGCUGACCGAGGCCGAGGCGAAGCUCGCCGAGCUCGGCGAAAUCGACUUUGACGACGAGGACGAGACCAACCUGCGCGCCCACGCCGCCCGCAACGCCCAGGAGGCCGUCCGCCUGGCCAAGGAAAAGGCGCAGGCCGGCGGCGGGGCACGCAUCCAGGAAAAGGACCUCGGCAAGGCGUUCGACUCGGACGACAUGAACUUCCUCAAUCCGACGUCGAUGGGCCAGAUGGAGGUCAAGCAGCCAAAGAUGCUGACGGCGCAGCUCAAGGAGUACCAGCUCAAGGGCCUCAACUGGCUCGCCAACCUCUACGAGCAGGGCAUCAACGGCAUCCUGGCAGACGAAAUGGGCCUUGGCAAGACGGUGCAGUCGAUUUCGCUGAUGGCGUACCUGGCCGAGGUGCACGACAUCUGGGGGCCCUUUUUGGUCAUCGCGCCGGCGUCGACGCUGCACAACUGGCAGCAGGAGAUCAGCCGCUUCGUCCCCUCGCUCAAGGCGCUGCCGUACUGGGGCAACGUCAAGGACCGCGCCGUGCUGCGCAAGUUCUGGAACCGCAAGCAGAUCUCGUACAACCGCGACGCGCCGUUCCACGUGCUGGUGACGAGCUACCAGCUGGUCGUGUCCGACGAAAAGUACUUUCAGCGGGUCAAGUGGCAGUACAUGAUCCUCGACGAGGCGCAGGCGAUCAAGUCGUCGUCGAGCAUCCGCUGGAAGACGCUGCUCGGCUUCAACUGCCGCAACCGGCUGCUGCUGACGGGCACGCCCGUCCAGAACUCGAUGCAGGAGCUGUGGGCGCUCCUCCACUUCAUCAUGCCCAGCCUCUUCGACUCGCACGACGAGUUCAGCGAGUGGUUCUCCAAGGACAUUGAGAGCCACGCCGAGAACAAGGGCACGCUCAACGAGCACCAGCUGCGCCGCCUCCACAUGAUCCUCAAGCCCUUUAUGCUGCGCCGCAUCAAGAAGAACGUCCAGAACGAGCUCGGCGACAAGAUCGAGAUCGACAUCCUCUGCGACAUGUCGGCGCGGCAGAAGAUGCUCUACCGCGGCCUCCGCUCCCACAUCUCGCUCGCCGAGCUCAUGGACAAGGCGACGUCCAACGACGAGGCCGGCCUCAAGAGCCUCAUGAACCUCGUGAUGCAGUUCCGCAAGGUCUGCAACCACCCGGAGCUCUUUGAGCGCGCCGAUGUCCAGGCGCCCUUUGCCUUUGCCCGCUUCGCCCAGUCCGGAUCGCUGGCGCGCGAGGGCGACCUGCUCCACCUGCCAGACUCGACGGCCUCGCUGAUCGAGUACCGCGUGCCCAAGCUCGUCGUCCGCGACGGCGGCCUGCUCGACGUGCCUGGUCCCGGAUCGCGCAAGGGCUUCGACACGGGGUACCUGUCCAACCUGCUCAGCAUCUGGCGCUCUCCCCAUGUCCACAAGUCGCUCGAGCUGCCGCGCUCGGCCUUUGCCUUCUUGCCCCUGCUCGGACUCGACCCGGCCGACGCCGAGCGCGCCUUCCACGGCCCUGCGCUGGCCAACGCGCUCGCAUCCGCCGACGAGGAGCGUCGUUGGUCCGAGCGGGCGUCGCUGGCGCACGACGACGACUUUGCCGUGUCUGCGCUCCGGCCGACGGCCAAGGUGCUGCGUCCCGUGCCGUCCAACUCGGGCCGCUCGCCCUCGAUGCUGCUGCCCCUCGACCAGAUCGUCACCGACUACCGCAGCCACGCGUACCUGGCCAAGGACUCGGCGAGGGCCACGCUGGCUUCCGCGGUGGCGCCGCCGAUCCGCUUCUACAGCAACGACCGCCCCUUUGUCGAGUCGCAAGAGACCAUGGGCAGGGACGCCAGGAUGUCGGCCGCCCUCUUUGGCCUGUCGCCCGAGGGCCGCGAGUCCGAGGACCGCGUCGAGGCGCUGCAGCGCGAGCUUCCGGGCGUCCCGCCCGUCGGCCUGCUGGCCAACUCGUCGCUCGACCAGCUGCCGCACAACGGCAUGUCGGUGCCCCAGAUGAACAAGCUCAUCGUCGACUCGAGCAAGCUGGCGCGCCUCGACUCGCUGCUGCGCGAGCUCAAGGCGGGCGGCCACCGCGUGCUCAUCUACUUCCAGAUGACGCGCAUGAUCGACCUGAUGGAGGAGUACCUCAUCUACCGCCAGUACAAGUACCUGCGCCUCGACGGAGCCUCCAAGAUCUCGGACCGCCGCGACAUGGUGACCGACUGGCAGACCAAGCCCGAGCUCUUCAUCUUCCUCCUCUCGACGCGCGCCGGCGGCCUGGGCAUCAACCUGACCGCGGCCGACACCGUCAUCUUCUACGACCACGACUGGAACCCGUCCAACGACUCGCAGGCCAUGGACCGCGCCCACCGUCUGGGCCAGACCAAACAGGUGACCGUGUACCGUCUGAUCACCAAGGGCACCAUCGACGAGCGUAUCGUCCGGCUGGCGAGGAACAAGAAGGAGGUGCAGGACAUUGUCGUCGGCACCAAGGCCUACAGCGAGACGGGCAUGGCCAGGCCACAGGAGAUUGUGUCGCUGCUGCUCGACGACGACGAGCUGGCCGAGUCGAUGCUGCGCCGCAAGCAGGCCGAAGAGGCCCAGACGGCGCAGGACAAGGCCGACUCGGCGAGGGCCAUGCACGCCAAGCGCCGUCUCAACAAGGACAAGGCCGCCGUCAACCAGUCGCCGGCCCCCGCCUCGGGACUCGAGUGGGCGCUCGAAGACGACGAAGACGACUUUUUCGGAGCUCGACCGCCCACGCGCGGCGACACCGAGACGGCCGAGACGACGCCGCAGCCGCAGCUGCCAAAGAAGCGCGGCGGCGGCAAAAAGGCGAGGAUCAGCGAGAUUUCUCAGAGGAGCACGCCGAUGGAGCAGGACAGCGGCAGCGCCUCUCCGUCUGGAUCGCGACGCAAGGCAAAGAGCCACCGCAAGAAGACGGUCGACGAGCUGGCGGGCGUCGAAGAGUGA